UAAAACAGUCUUUAGUAAAACGUUCACAGGUGUGAGUCACGGUAAUUCUUUGAGAUCGCGCUCCGUUGCGCAGUUUUUUUGCAAUUAAUUUUUUUAAGGUAUACAUAAUAUAUUUACAUAUACAUAUGCAUAUGCACAACAUAAUAACAAAAUUAAUAUUAUAAAAAUAUUACAAAAUCGCACAAAAAAAGUUAAAAACGUGUUUCAGAAUAAAGUUAAAAACUUUGUUGAAUAACUAAAACUAAUAAUUUUAUUAACAUUUUAUUGUUAUAAAACGAACGAUUAACUACGACGAGACUUGAUUUUUGUUAUUUAUUUUUUUUACAAAAGAAAGAGAAGUUUAAAAAAAAAAAAAUAAAACUAACAAUAAUUAAUAAAAUAAAAAAAACAUUUAUUGAAAUUUGGAUUAAGAGAGAAACAGAAGAGAAACAGCAACAAAAGUUGGAGUAAAAAUUUAAAACAAAGAAUUUUGGAAUUAUCAAGAGUUCAUUAUAAAAUAAGAUAAACUUGAAUAAAAUUUUAAAGAAAAAUAUUAUAAAAAUAUAAUUAAAAUGCAACGAAGCCAUUUUUGGCUGUUAAGUUGUGUUUGUAUAGCGUUAUUGAUUAAUUCAAUUAAUGCUAGUACAACACAUAAACCAAGUGAAGCUGAUCAUCAUGAAAAUUUAAUUGAAUAUAGUAAAUCUCCAUCCAUACAAAAAUUCGAUGAUUUAGAUGAUGAUGACAGUCUUAAAGAAACAACACAUAAAAUUUUAUUGAAAAAAAUUGAUUCAAUAAAUUCAAUUAAAAAAGAUGAUAAAAUUACAAAAUCUGAUUUUGGUAUUGUACAAAAACCAACAACAAUAAAAAAAAUAAUUGCUGAUUCAAAGAAAAUUCCAUUAGCAGAUGAUCCAAGAUUCAAUAAAAUGUUACCAGAAAAGAAUACCAUUAAGGAUAAUUCUAAUAAAGAUUCGAAAAAGGAUGCUGAAUCAGAUAGUGAAUACGAUUAUGAUGAUGAUGACGACUAUGAUGAAUACUAUGAUCAAUUAUAUGUUGAAUCAUCAGCUGAAAAUAAAAAUAAUAAAACUGUGACUACACAAAAACCCAAAAAAGAAAUGAAAUUAAAACCGAUCAGAGGAGAUGACAAGGAUAUUCCAAAAGAAGAUAAGAAAACUAACAAAAAAAAAGACGAUUAUGAAGAUGAUGACGAAGAGGAUGAUGACGACAAUAACGAUGAUGAAGAAGUAGUUUAUAGUAAUAAUGUUUCAUGCCCAAGAGAUUGUAUUUGUGAUCGUAAUUUGAAUAGUGAAAAAGUUGCAACGUGCAGUAGAUUGGAUGCAGAUAUACAAAAAUUCGGAUCUGAUAUAACUGAUUUAGUGGUUGUUGAUGUUGGACCAAAAUAUCCAAUAAUAUUAGGACCAUCAUUUUUCAUAAAUAUUGGUUUGAAAAAUUUGAAUUCAUUGAAAAUUUCAAAUUGUACCCUAGAGCAAUUGAAUCCAAGUGCAUUCCAUGGUUUAACUGAACUAUUCGCUGUUAAUUUAACAAAUGUUGGUAUUACACAUAUUGAUCCUGAUACAUUUGCAUCAAAUAAACGAUUACGUUUAUUAACAAUUUCUGGAAACGAUUUAAGUUCAAUGACUUCAUUCCGUACAAGAACAGAAUAUUUAAUUAAGUCAUCAAGCAUCGAAGAAUUGGAUUUAUCAAAUAAUAAUUUCAAGGAAAUUCAACCGAACGCAUUUAUUCACUUACCAAAUAUUGUAUAUAUAAAUUUAGCACAAAAUGAAUUGAAAACUUUACCAGAAAAUUUAUUCAAUUCAGUUGAAACAAUUGAAGAUUUAGAUUUGUCACAUAAUAAAAUAACAUUUUUACCCCCGGAUAUAUUUAAAAGAACUGCAUUAGCACGUUUAGAUUUGAAAUACAAUGAUAUUAUUGGUGAUUUAAGAUUUGGUACCGGUGAUUUACAAGAAUUAGAUUUAUCAUAUUGUUCAAUAAAACUUAUUAAUAACCAUAUGUUUAAUAAAAUGACCGGUUUACUAACAUUGGAUCUUAAAGGCAAUGGUAUUGUUAAAGUACAACCGGAUUCCUUUACAUCAUUAAAUUAUUUGAGACAUAUUGAUUUAUCAUACAAUAAUUUAGAACAACUAAGCUCAAUGUUAUUCUAUAAAAAUCCAAAUUUAGAUGUUAUACGUUUAAAUGAUAAUUCCAAAUUAAGUGAAUUACCACCAGAUGGAUUCCAAAGUUUUACACGUGUUUUUGCGGUUUAUUUAUUGGAUAUAUCAAAUUGUGCUAUUAACGCACUAGGUGAAAGUACCUUUUCUCAAAUGCCACAUUUAACAACAUUGAAAUUAUCAUGGAAUAAUAUUAAUAACAUGCAUAGAAAUGCUUUCGGAAAUUUAAAACAAUUAACAGAACUGGAUUUAAGUAAUAAUUUAAUUGUUAAAUUGGAUGAAACAUUAUUUAGAAAUAAUAAACAAAUGUCAAAAUUGAAUUUAUCGGGUAAUCCAAUUCGAAAUAUUUCAACAAAAUUAUUCCAAACGAAUACAAAAUUACAUGAAUUAGAUGUUAGCGAUUGUGAGUUACACAAUGUACUGGAAGAUUAUUAUUAUGAUAAUCAACAAAAUUUGACAACUGCGUUCUUUGAUACUCUAAGAGUAUUUAAUAUUUCGUUUAAUAAAAUUAAAAAGAUAUCGAAGAAAAAUUUACGCCUCUUCAAAAAUCUAAAAACAUUCUCAUUUGAAGGCAAUCUAUUAAAAUGUAAUGAUGAAUUUAAAGGAUUAAUUAAAUACUUAAUACAAAAAGGAAUUUAUUCUGGUAGAGUGAUUGAAAAAUCAGUAUUAGAUAUACCAUUCAAAUUACCAGCUCAUACAUUACAAGGAUGGGAUGAAAUUAUACAGACAGUAUGUAAACGUGAAAAUGAAAAAUUAAAACUUAGAAAUCAAAAAACAAUACGUUUUGACACCGAUAAUAGUAAUAAUGAAGAAAAUGAAGAAGAUGAAGAAGAAGAAAUCGAAAAUGAUGAGAAUAAUAAGAAAGAUAUAUUCGCAAUAAAGAAAAAAGUACCAACAAAAGAGCAAGGAAAAAAAAUUUUAGAUGGGCUAAAAGAAGAAGAAAAUGUAAAUAACGGUAAAAAUAAGGACAAGAAUAACGCUGCUGAAGAAAAAGAAAGUGAUGAGAAUGAAAAUGAUGACAGUGAUGACAAUGAUGAAUCCGACACUGAUGAAGAAAAUGAUGACGACAAUGACGAGGAAGAAGAAGAAGAUAACAGUAAAGAAGAAGAUGAUGAUGAUGGAAAUGAUGAUGAAUACAAUGAUGAAUACGAUUAUGAGGAAGAUAAAAAGAACAAAAUUAAAGUUACAUCAAGUACAAAAUUACCAAGAAUUAAAAAUAUUGGCUUAUUUGUUGAUGAAGUGAAUGUAAUUAGAGAAACUGAUGAUAAAUUUUUAAGAGGAAAACUUCUUACUGAUGAUGAUCUUGAAGAUGAUGGCGAAGAAAUAAUUAUUCAACAUGGUCGCAUAUAUUAUGAAAAUUAUAGAUAUCUUAAAAUAGCCGCCGUUCUUCUUAUUAUAUUUUCAUUAUUAUUAUUAAUAAUUGGUAAAAUUAUAACAAUAAUAAGAAGAAAACGUGGUGAACGUUACCGUAUGGCAAUAUUGGCAUCGAAAAAUUCAAUUGUUUAUAAAAAAUUAUCUGAGGAAAUUACAAAACCGGUCAAUAAAAAUCCAAAAGUUCAUCGAUAUUUAAGAAUAAAUCAAGUAUAAGAAAGGAAUAUGAAUAAAAUUUUCAGAAUCCACUUAUUAUUCAAUUGAAAAUCGAACAGAAAAACCAAUUGAUAACAUUAUUGUCUCAUAAAAUUAAUAAAUAAAAACUGUUGAAAUUUAUUUUUUAAUAAGAGAAAUUUACUUAUUAAAACUAAAAUAAUACAAAUAAUUCCGAUUUUCAUUUUUUUUUUAAUUUUACAUAUUUAAUUUUGUUUGUUUGAUCACUAUUUUUUGCUCUUUCUUAAUUCCAAAUUGAAUUUAUACCAAUAAUAAAAAAAAUAAAUUUCAAUUUUUGAUUAAUUGAUAAUGUAAUUUUUUUUUUUUGUAUUUUAAGUGAUUUGAAAUAAUUUUUAUAUAAAUUUACAUUAUUUGUAUACAAAUAAGUAAAAAUGUAUUUAUAUAUAUAUAUAUAUAUAUAUAUAUAUAUAUAUGAAUUAGAAAUAACUUAGAAAUAAAUUAUGAGCCAUACUUCAAAUAAUUUUCAACAUAUUACGACAGAUAGAAAUUUUUUAAAAAUUAAUCUUUGAAUAUUUACGAGUAAUAAUAAAUUCUAUGGAACUUCGGAGUUGAACAGAAAUUAUUGCAUUUCGAAAUUUUUAAAACUAUAUAUUUAUAUGAAUGUAAAUAAUCCUAAAUAUGAUGCACUUGUAACUUUGAUUGAUGCAUGAAAAUAACUAUCAUAUCCUUUUCAUGUGCAUGUAUAUGAAUUGAAGUAACUAAAAGAUGUCAAAUUUAUUCUUCCAAUUUCGUUUUAAUUACAUAGAAGCGGUUUAUAUAUGAUGGACUCUUUUUAUAAAUAUUAAAAACAUGAAAACAUAUUUAUAUGUUGAUCUACAUUAUAUAUUAAAAAGUGUACUUAAUUUGAAAUUUAAUAAAAAAAUUCCCACAUAAUCAUACCACAAACUUCCAAUUACUAAUAUUUUUUUCCAUAUUUUUUAAUUAUUUUAAUGUUUAAGAAAUUUUUUUUAGCAAUUAUUUUAUUUUAAUGCCUUAUACUUAUGAACUUUUAGAAGAAAACACAAAAACUUGAGAUGAUAACAUUUUGUAUUGUAUUUUAUUUUUGUUAAAACAAAAAUUUUUUUAAUUUUUAUCUAAUGGAAUCUUUACGUUACAUUCCCCUGAUAUUUUAUAACAAAUUUAGGUUAAAAAAAAAAUAUAUAAAAAAUCGAAAA